GUACAAGCUCCUCCGCUCGUCCCAUGCCUUCACGUUGACCCUGCGGGGAAAUCGCUGUUUCACAAUUACUCUAUCUAUGGAAACAGACAAUGAUGUGUUUAUCAACACACCGACUUGGAAUCCUUCCAACUUCCCGUUUGAAGAUGAUCACUCAAUCCCCUCAACCUCAUUUCUAUCUAUGCCCCCAACAAACCGUCCACCCUACAUCCCUAAGGAAAAUGUCCCUAGCAAGGCUCAGCACAAUGUACAUGGCUCUCAAAAGAGACCGAACCGACAGCACCUCGUCCUCCUCCGAGAGACUACCAUUAUCAGACAGUUCAGAAGACUAUCGCGACGAGUCCUUCAACAAACCGCUCUUCGAGGAAUGCCCCCACUACAUGAACCAUCAACGCCAACCCCCCUUUCAAUGGAGCAGUUUAUGCUUCCACCUCAUCCUAGCCCUUAUCUACGGCGCAGCAUUCCUAGCAGCAACGUACCGAUCCGCAGGCAAUAUCAACCACCAAGACAGUAAACCUGCACAUCUUAUCGCAUCCCCACUAUGGGAAGCCAUAGAACUCGAGCGCAAAACCAUCAACGCCUCAAUCGCGAGCGAGAAUCCAUUCAAGGGUGCUCCAUCGGACGAACUAGACCACGCAUGGCACCAGCUAUUCAUCAACUCCAAUGUCCGAGUUACGGCAGAAGACCUAGCGAAGAUAAAUCGCACGUCCGUCCCAAUAAACGAUGAGAAGGGAGGAUAUUAUGCCAUUCCGGAUGUAUAUCACCAGCUGCAUUGCCUGGUAAGACGACCCUUCCCUACCUACCACUUUUAUUCUAUACAUAGCACAGCUGAUCAUAGUAAUAAUAAAAAUAAUAACUACCAGAAAUUUCUCCGCCAAGUAGUCUACCACAGCUACUACCACGUCGGGAAACCUACUACCCCACUUCAUAUUGAACACUGCAUCGACAACCUCCGCCAAAACAUCAUGUGCAAAGCCGACGUCUCUCUCCUAACCUUCACAUGGGACCCGACAGAUCGCGCCCCGAAACCCAACUUCGUCAUCGAGCACGAAUGCGCUAAUUGGGACAAGGUGGAUAAAUGGGCCGAGGAACAUCGAUUCGAUAUCUUUGAUGAAACUACCCUGGUUCAUCCCACUCUGGGCCCUUCGUUUCCCGAGGAGGAGUAUAAGGCUACGGGGAGGAUUCCGGGACAUCCGGAUUUUCAUCCAAAUGGGUUUCAUGGGGAUCAUGGGGGUCAUAGUAAUGGGGUAUGAUGGGGAAAGGGGGGAUGUGCAGUCUUAUAUAGUCAGAGAUAUACUGUGCAUGGCACAUUAUUCAAUUAUUAUUUUGGGUAUAUACAUCUA